CUUGAGUCCCGGUCAGGGGAGAAAGCGCGACUCUCCGCGCCCACAACCUGGAUAACUACCAUUUGGAUCUGCAAUCACCUUGUUCUCGGAGACAUUAUCCGACCCAAAAACUUUCCCGCCUCAACCCUCGCUUGUUGAUGUGUGCCGAGCUACAUUCCUGACCAAGCACCGCACACCGCAAUUCCCAUACCCGCCUCGUUGUCAGUGCAACAGUACACAGCGACCACUCGGAUAUCUCUGGUCCUGCAGCAUCGCUCUAGUGCGACGACACACUUCAUCAUUCCCUCCAGCACUAGCCGGCCACCUCUGCGCUCAUCGUGACGCAGCGGGUUCCAUUUACCACGACAAGCCACGAGUUCUCCUAGACGGCCUUCAAGGGUAGCAUAAUAGACAGACAAGAUGGGCGCCUCGCUGUCCGUUUCUAGCCUCUUUGGCAAGCUCUUCGGAUCCAAAGAAGUGCGCAUUCUGAUGCUUGGCCUCGAUGCCGCGGGCAAGACCACCAUCCUCUACAAACUUAAGCUCAACCAGACCAUGACGACCAUCCCAACCGUCGGGUUCAACGUGGAGGCUUUCACCUACAAGAACAUCAAGUUCAACAUGUGGGACGUCGGUGGACAGGACAAGAUCCGCCCCCUCUGGCGGCAUUACUACAGCGGAACUCAGGGUCUUGUUUUUGUCGUCGAUUCAUCGGACCAUAAGCGGAUCGACGAGGCCAAGACAGAACUGCAUCGUAUCCUGAACGACUUGGAAAUGUCGGACUGCCUGCUGCUGGUAUUUGCGAACAAGCAAGAUAUCCAAGGCGCCAUGGACCCGCAAACGAUCACCGAGAGGCUCGAGCUCUCCAAGCUCAAGGAACGGCCGUGGUUCGUCCAGCCGGCCAUCGCCAUUGAGGGCGAGGGCCUGACGGAGGGCUUCAGCUGGCUGUCGGACAACAUCAAGAAGAUGCCCAAGUACGGCGGGAAAUGAGCGGGCCAGACCCGCCUCGUGAAUCGUCCGUAACGCUCCCCUUUCGAUACCACCACCCGCAGCACACACACCCCUCCCCCAAAUCCACCCGAGCCGAUCCGAGGUCACCCAUCCAACAGCUUCAGUGCCUCAGACGAUCAUGACCAGAUCGUCCCGACGACUGACCAACCACUUGAACACCAGAAAUGGCACAUCUUCCCAACUGCUACGCCAGGCGGCCAAGAGGAGAGAGCACGUCGAGGACAACCUGAGAGUCUUCAUCUGCCGGGGUGCGAGCGGGAGGGGACCUUUUUUUUUAUCUUGUCAUAAUACUGUCAUGUUUUCUGCUGCCACUGCCAUGUCUUGUCUACUACUGCACGCUUCAGCGCUCGCACUCUCCCCCCAUGUUUCUGUUACGUCUACACUUUCACGACCUCUUUUUUUUCUUUUUCUUUUUUAGAUCUUAAUGCCCGGGGUGUGCUACGCA